AUGCACGCUUUAAAAAGACUGCCUAGCGACUACCAGAGUGAUGAAGACGUGGUCGUCGAAGGGAGGAUAAGACCUCCGUUUGACCCAAAGUGGAACUCGCCCAGGGGGGGAAUGAAGAGCACAGCCCCCUCGCGCGAGCGCUAUUCUGAACAUAAUGGCAGCCGUGGUAAUGGUGUUAACGUUAGCAGCGGUGACGAUCAGAACGACCAAGACGACCAGGAUGGUCAUGAAAAUCGUUCCUAUCAGGACGAUCAACAUUAUUACCAUUACCGCGAUGAGGAAGACCUGGAGCCAGAGGAAGGCGCAACGAAGUGGGGCAGCCACGCUGAUCGGGGCCACAUGACUGAGGGGGGCCACACGACUGAGCGGGAUACUUCUCAUUUCCAGAGCAAGGGAUCGAAGAACCACGCAAGUGGACUUCACGAACAUGUAAAAAAAACAAAACUUAAAAUGUACAAGAAUUUAAUAGAAAAAAGAGAUUUAAUUAACUCUCGAAAUUUUUUUCAAAUUCCAUUUGAGCAAAAAAAAAGGGAGAGUAAACAUCAACAGAUUGUUGAUCUCGCAAUUCACAAAAACAAAUGGGUUGGUUCACCUUCAAAAUUGAGCAGCCAUCUCCGUGAAGCCAAACUUGUUAGACCAUUGAUGAAAGAAAAAACCGAUUUUAUCAUCCCAUCCAGAGAAUCGCUACCCGAACAGAGGAACCCAAAUUGUCCACCUAAAAAGUACAGCCCAUCAGUGGAACCUUGGAAGGAGGCUGCAUAUGUGGACACACAUUUAGACAAUCAAGUCAUAAGCCGAAUUGCCAAAAAGUUAUCAAAAAGAACCUACCGAUUUAAUCAUAGUAACAUCCAUAUUUGCACCUUUAAAAGUCUUAAUGACAACUAUGUUAGAUUCUUUAGGAGAAGAUUAAUGAAGAGUAAAAUUCAUGCACUGCUGAAGAUACAAAGAGGGGAAGAAACAAAAGGAAUUGUCAACCCAUUCAUGAAAAUUCUGUUGAAAUAUGAAACUCCCUUCAUGUGGAAGAAAGAAAAUUCUCACCAACACAAGCAAUCCCUCGGAGAGUCCAAACAAAGUGAAAGGGGUAAUGUCCACCCACUUGGUGUGAGUGGAACUCGAUCGUUGACUCCUUUGAUAAAGGAGGGAAACUCCAGUGGGGCCACUUCCAAUGUGGGUAACUUAACUCAGGAAGGAGACUCCAGUUCAAACCGGAGUUCUGACCAUAGAGAUGGACUUUUAAAUGGAGCCGAAAACAAAAGAGCGAAGAAACAAUCAAAGGAUGCACCCCUGAGGGAACGACCAAAUGGUCAUUCGCCAGUGACAGAAUGGUCGACCACCGGUGGGAUCGUCGAUUCUUACCUGAACGAAAACGCGGAUUUUUUUGAGCAGAACUUUCUGGAAGAGGAAUUUUGCGUGGGGAGAGUUUCAAUGGCGCACGCUUCUGACCCUGACUGUUGUGAGGCUGAUUCGUAUGAUGCCGAUACGUCUGAGGCGGACCCAGGUGUGGUGGACCCCUGUGAGGUUGACCUUUCCCUGGACGAAUCCAUAAAAACCCUGAUAAGCAACUGCAGCAGAAUUUUUAACCACUCCAGCAAUCCCCCGCAGGAGGAUUUUUCCCAAGCGAAUCAAACAGAGCCCACAGGCAGGGGGACCUCCUACGUCAAACUUCACCCACAGAACUACGACGAAAUUGUCCCCCUUAGGGACGAUUCGGUUAUGAACCUAAAUGGUCGCCGAGAAGAAAGAACCCUUCCGAGGCAAACAAAUCCAAAAGGUGAAAAAUGCCAACUGGUAAAAGAAGAGAGGAAAUCAAUUUGUGAUGACUCCUCCGUUGAGAAAAAAUAUCCUGAAGAAGAAAAACACAAGAAUAACUCUCACGCAACGUAUUUUCCUAAUUCGCGCACAAGCGGCCAAAUUAAUUCUCACCAAUUCGAAGUGCCACGACGAGGAGAAGAAGUAGCAUCGAAAGAGUUGCGACCAUCAGGACAGGACAAAGAACAGUUGUACACGCACACGCCGCAUGAAAUAUACACGCCGCCUGACACACACAAGGGUGAAAAAAUUUGCACACUGAGAAAAUUGCACAAAAAUGUGAAACAUAGACAUCCAUUCGUACUAUUACCUGUAUGGAAGCAGGACCAUCUUAAGGGGGCAUUAUCCGACCAGAAAAAUAGAAUUAAAGAUGAAGGGAAAAAAAAAACAAAUUUCUGCAAAAUGGCGAUGAAGACAUACCCUAAUGUGGGACUUCCAUAUACCCCUAACUGCCGUCUACACAUCACUGCAUGCAAUAAAAGGCACAUAAUAAGAAAAAAAAAUAAUAAGAAGGAUAAUGAAACCAUCAGCUAUUUUCGCUUCUAUAAGAAGAAUCUUAUAACCACGAAAGGAGAAAAAAAAAAGCGUGUAAACAGCCACAGGGAUAGUUGUAACGAAUGUUCUGUGACUCCGGUGCAAAAUGUCAUUUCUCCCUGUCGGGACUCCGAAAGUGCUUACCUUUUGGAAGAGAAAAAGGAGAGACAUAAGGUUUUGUCCACCCUUAGGAGCGUUCAGGAGAGCGUCCAAGUAACAGAAAAAGGUGAGAACAAACAGAACGGUAUUGCUCGUCAGGCAAAUCACAACCUAAGAAGUCCAAGUAUACACACAACCACUCCCCAAGGGAACAUUUCAAAUGAGAUAUAUGUUGAUAAAAGAAAUUACAAAGAGGAAAUAAAUUCCAUUAAAGGAGAGGAACAUUCCCAAAAUGGCUUCACUUCAAACCGGAUGGCAGAUAAUGCACAGACUUCAUCGGAUGGUGAGCCACUCCAAGGGAGUUCCAUAAAAAAUGAUCGUCUCACUGCUCAUAGGGGUGAUAAGGGGCACACCCAUUUGAGACGAAAAAAUGGUAUCAGUACACACGCCAACGACUCCAGUGACGUCUUCACGAAAAAUCGAAUCGGUGGAGACACUUUCCAGGGAGAGGAUUCACUCCCUGAUAACACCUCACAAGAUGGAAACAAAAUUGAUAACACUCCACAAGACGGAAACAAAAUUGAUAACGCCAUUUUGGAGGAACGCCGUAGCGACAUGAGCUCACCCCAAAUGAAUCAUUUAGUGCAUGAAAUAAAGUUGAACCUGCUGGAGGGGCAUGUCUCUCUACAUCUUUAUGGAGAAAAUGGAACCCACGUCCUUAAAUUUAGCAUCGAAUUGGAGGUACUAGAACAGAACUGCAAACUGCUUAAAGGUUUAGCGGACAGUUCAUCGUUAGUCACCAAUUCGGACGCAAAUGUGGGUCGAGGUGUCGACAGAAAUGCCCCAACAAUUUCCCCGCGAAGUGCAGGUCAAAAUUGCAGUGAUCUUCCCAGCUUCCCCACCAAAGCGACUACUCGCAUUAUCCAGAAGGAAGAUAUCAUAAAAAAUUACUGCAGCCGCCUGGCGCUGAACGAGCAAAAGGAACAGAUUCACCGCACCAUAAGCAACUCGCUCAGCGUGGAAAAUUUCAAGGUCCUAUUUACACUCCUAAAAAUGAAAAACAAAAUGAACAUUCUUCUACUCCAAAUUAACGAAAUGACUGACGAAAUAGAGAAGCUUCUCAUAAUGAUAGAAAAAAAACUAGAAGAAAUAGAGAGCCUUACACCCCAACUAGAAUUUUUAAGGAGUGUAAAAAAACAGGCAAAAGUUACAGUUAUACAAAACUGUAUGAACUUCUUCCUACGCAUAACUAGCAUAUACAGCAACAUUUGCACUUUGGUAAAAACACAAAAUGCGAUUUUUUCACAUUUCAAAUUUAACAACGAAAUUAUCAACAGUUAUUUAUUUUUUGUAAAAAAAUUCUCCAUCUAUAUAUCAAACAGUGUAGUCGAAAUACAAAGUUUUUAUGUCCAAAUAAAAAACAUGCAAAAUGAGGAAGCAGACCAAAAUUUCCUGAAUAGGAAAGAAAAAUCCACACUCAAAAUAAUUCACAACAAGUUAGAAAAUCACUUAAGUAUUCACUACAGGAAAAUAUUUAUAUUUAAACAAAUAUUGGACAUAUAUUUAAUCGAAUUGAACAAUUUUAAAAAGUACCAGAAGGAUUACAUGAUUAGCAGAAUUAACAUUUUAAUUAAUUCCAAAUGUCCAUAUGAUCUGCUCCUCUUUUCUAUCCUCGUGAAAUCGAAAAGUCUCUGUAAAAUAAGUGUGAGGAAAAUAUGCUACAAUUUCGACAUCACGAAUUUUCAGACAAACAAGAAGAUCUAUGCACUCUUUUUGAACAAAAAAAUUAAAAAUAACAUCUUGAAGAAGAUUAAAACAACCAUUGGGGAAAAUGCUUACGUUACGUUGAAGAGUAUUUUUUUCUACAAUGAGCUAAAUGGCCUCAUAAAAAAUGCUUUACGUAAUGGCGGCAUCAAAGGAGAACGUCAUCUCAGCGAGCAGGGUGAAGAAACACUGCAGGGGAACUCCUCGGACGAACGUUCUAUGGAGUCUCCCCAAGAGAAGGCAAAAUCGCCUCGUAAUUUAAUCGACACGCGUGAUGCCUGGAAUAAUCCUUUUCGUGGAAAAACUGGGACGGCUGAAGAGGGGAACGUACCGACAGGAGAAGAAGAAAACCAGAAAGGGGCGUACGAGAAACAUGACGGAGGUGUAAGGCCAACCGGAAGGAACCAACCAAGCGUGCGCAACAGCGAAAUUGUGGAAGAAUCUAAUGAGAGCGUCCCGUCUAAUGUCACAACAAACAGCCUGUCUACUUGCACUUCCCUAAACGACUGCGAAUAUUCUAAGUAUUUACAAAACAUUCACAAAAUUUUAAAAACGAACAAUGCCCUAACGGUAGUAAAAAAUAUUAGACUAUCCCUAGAUAUAGGCAAUCUGUCCACAUCAAGCAACUGCUUGGGCAAGAACAAAGAAGACACAUAUAAAAGAAAAUGCACUGAGGGAAAAAAGUCGAAAAUUUCAUUCCCCUCCACUGUUCAGGCGCAUUUAACCGGAUCUCCCCCCAAAAAUGAAAAAAAUUGCAUCAAAUUAAAUUGUGCCAGGAAAAAAAAAAUCGUGGCAACCGAAAUUGACCAACUCAGGAAGGUCUUCAAAACGUACGAGCGGGGGAGGAAAGCAAAAGAAGAAAAGGACCCCCCAAGAAGCGGGUCCAUUGAAAAUGCGGCCUGGAAAACCCAUCCAAAUGGAAGAGGCUUGCCACCCCCAAGAAAUAGACGCCUAUGCUGUAAAUACAAAUCCGCGGUGAUCGAGCAACCAAAUCCCCCUAAAAGGUCAGGCAACCGGGAACAAAACACACUAUACAACAAAAAGCAAAAGAAAAAAAGAAAAAUCCUUGAGAACAUUGAAAAAAUAAAAGAAAUAGAAAAAAAUUACAAACAACUCCAAGAAAUUCAAAGGCAAGAAAAAUUCAAAAAAAAAUUGAACGAAUGGAAACUAAAAAAAAUUACAAAAAGGAACAACAUAAGCCUGCUAAAAAUUAGGGGACUGAAAAAAAAAAAAAAAAAUUUGUUUACCUCGUUCGUUAAGAAAGACAUUAACGGAAUAGGCACGGUGAUCAGGUGUAAGAUCAACGGCGGGCGGCCCAUCAGCGCGGAUAUCAACCGGGACAUCUGCACUGAUGCAUACCCCAGGGACGCUCCUAGCAACCACAUGGGAAGCAGCCAUACGGAAAGCGGUUCCUCACAUCUUAUUUCCGAGGGGGGGGAAAAAAGUGUAAAGGACAUUCUGGACAACCUGAAAAAUUCCACCCCCGCAUGCAGCAAGAUGGGAAAAACAAACUCCCCUUUUGUAGACUUAAAUGAAGAGGAAUGCGCUCCUACUACGCAUCAGAAAUUGCACUUAUAUGACGACUUAACCCAAUUUGAUGAUUACCCGUUUGACAGAAAUCACCUCAACCGUUCAGGUAAAAACAGACAUAAUGGAAUUUUAAAUUAUGAAGAAAUCCAAAAGGAUGUCGUAAAAACAGUUAACACAUCAGAAGGAGUGACAAACCCACUGGACGAUAAAAUUAUUAUAAACCAUAAAACAGGGAGGAAUUUAAAAAAGGAGAACACAAAUUCUGAAGAUGAAGCUACCCUCGAUAAUGAGAAGAACAAAGAGUAUAUUCUUCACCAAACGGAACAGCAUUUCACUGAUUCCUUUUUUAACAAAAAAUUAUAUGAGCCAUCCCCAUCGGAGACGCAUUUUUUUACCGCAAUAGAGGACGAAAAUGAACACACGGAUAUGAGCCUUUCCCCUAGGCAGAGCAAGAACGAACCAAAAAGAAGCAUCCGGGGGGUGUCAAAUAAAAACAUAAAGUAUAAGCUGUCAGACUACACGCAAAAAUGGAACAAAACGGAGAGGAUCCCUUUUGUAUGCAUCACGAAAGGGCAAUUUUCCCCCAGUGGGAAGAAAGGAGUACCACGAAGGAAAGUCACAAGAGGGAGUCACACUGUUGGCUGUACAGAUCAGCGAAGUGAAGUGUCAACGGAAGGAAAUUACUUCCCAAUACAGGAAGAUGAAGACGCACGUGUGAACGAAAUGGCUAUCGAGACAUCAAACGAAUGGGUCAACAGAAGAAAAAAAAAAACACUUCAUCAGAUUGGAAGUGGGGAAAAUAAUGCCCCAUUUGGACAUGCGACACAUUUCCCCAUCGAAGUGAAGCACAAAAUGAAUUCCAAAAUGGUCAACUGCGGAAGGAAAAAACCAAGUGACGGUUUUUACUGCGGGAGGAUUUACAAAACGAAAGAAUCGAUAGAAAGACGACGGAGAAUCGAUAACUAUGCAAAGGCUCUGAGAGGGUUAGGCCCCUUGAAAAAUAUUGAAAUGUGGUUAAAAAAUAUUAAAAAUGUACCAAGUAAAGUUAAAAGGAAAGAUAUUAUUGAAUUCCUCAGACGGAGACAACGUGAAGGAAUGGCAUCGAACCAUUUGAUUUACAAGGAUGGAUACGUUUUUUUGAAAAAAAAUCUGUCCUCGAAAUUUUAA